AUGUCGGCUGCCUUCCCUCUCCUCCGUCUGCCAGACAACGCUCAACGGAAAGUGCUCAGUGGUUUCGAUGCGGUUCAGUUAAUCAAUUCCUCUCUGCUUUCGAACAACGCCAAAACCCUCGUUCGAUCUCUCAACUUUACCAUUGCCCAAAUCACUCUAUGCGCCGAUGAGGACUUCAUCGAAAUUCAAGCAAUUGUUGACAAAGAGCAAUCGGUGGGAUGGAUUUUCUAUCCACCAGAACCAAGUUCACGUAUACAGCCAGUACGUGGUACGGUGCCAAUCUUUGUGCCCAGUCUUGUCAAAGCGGAGAAAAACUUUGAGGAAACUAUCUAUUUUAAGAAUCCGAAGAUGAGCAUUUUAGAAUGGUUGACACUAAUCAUCGAGGUGUUUAACCAUCCGCCGAUUCUGGAUAUUCUUUGGACGAAACCAGACUGUCUCUUCGAUAUGAAAUCGAUUAAGGGUAUUGUAGAAAGAUUCAACGUGGGCUCGCACUUCUUCACUCGGAACUGUGGUGUGGAGUGUGCUCAACUGGCGUUGAGAACUAUGUCGGAAUCAAGGACAUUAGCCAUUGCUAGUCCCGCCUUUGCAAACCCAGCUGAGUAUCAAGAUAUCCUCAUUCUAAAUUCGAAAAGUAUUUUUAUUGGGUUUUCUUUUGAUUUCGAUUUGAAAAUCUCUUUGGAUGAUAUAUUGAUUAUCAACAGCAAAUUAAUACAUAUUAUGUCGAGACACAUCACCGAUAAAACUAUCAAUCGAUACCUGAAACAUUGGAUUCAAGGUUCAAACCCGAGAAUGGAGAAUAUGAGACUCGAGUUCGAACCGAAUAGGAUUUUUGAUGAAGACGUGAUUCUGAAGGGUCUGAAAUAUCGCAGCGCCAGACUUAUCCGCCAAAAUCAGCCGAUAAUCUGUAUCCGCCGAAAGGAUGGAACGAAUGGGAUAAUUGUAUUGGAGCAUCUCGCCGAGACAAGGUGUUUUGAUUUCUAUGUGUCCAACUGA